GGUUGUGCUAAAAAGGUCCAACAGCACCUCCUUAUUCUUGUGCUAGUUUAGAAACAUCUCGUCUAUCCUCUCUCUGCAAUGGAGCUCCUCUCCCUCUCAACCCCUCUCUCCUCUCACUCUCUCUCCGCCCUCUCUCCCCAAAGACUCAAACCCAUUUCAUCUCCUUCCGUUUCCUUCACACCCAUCAAGUCUUCUCAGCAAUUAGCCUCCAAGCCCACUCCCCCAAACGCCCUCAGCUUCCAAACAAUCAAGCCCAACCCCACUCUCCACUUCACGGCAUCAGCGCCGCCGUCCCAGGCCAUGAGGGGCGGAGACACAGAUGCAAUGGGCCUCUUGCUUAAAGAGAGAAUUGUCUUCUUGGGCUCUCAAAUUGAUGACUUUGUUGCUGAUGCUAUUAUUAGUCAGCUGCUUCUGUUGGAUGCUCAAGACCCCACUAAAGAUAUCAGGCUUUUUGUUAACUCUGUUGGUGGAUCCCUCAGUGCUACAAUGGCCAUCUAUGACGUUGUAAAGCUAGUGAGAGCUGAUGUCUCCACUAUUGCACUCGGUAUCUCAGCAUCAACGGCUUCUGUAAUCCUUGCUGGUGGCACCAAAGGUAAAAGAUUAGCUAUGCCCAAUGCCAGAAUUAUGAUACACCAGCCGCUUGGAGGUGCAAGUGGACAAGCCAUAGAUGUUGAAAUCCAAGCUAAUGAAAUCAUGCAUAACAAGAAUAAUGUCACACAAAUUAUAUCAGAAGCCACAGGUCGUUCAUUUGAACAGGUUCAGAAAGACAUCGAUAGGGACAGGUACAUGUCCCCGAUGGAAGCAGUUGAAUAUGGUAUAAUUGAUGGUGUUAUUGACAGAGAUAGCAUUAUUCCACUCGAGCCUGUGCCAGAUAGGGUGAGAGCUACACUGAACUACGAGGACAUGAGCAAAGAUCCAAAGAAAUUUUUGACUCCAGAAAUUCCCGAUGAUGAGAUAUAUUAGGGAUUAUAUUGCAGGUACACUGAAUUUUGUUUAAGAUUAUACAUUAUUUUGAACUUUUCGCCUUUUAUAGUACCUGUAACAAUUAAGACAAUCAGUCAAUCACUUUCAAAUCUGAGAGUGAACAUGAUGUCUGUCAUUAAAAAAAGUUGUAAUUUCUGAAAAGAAAUUGUUCAAAGAUCUGGAAACAGUUUUUACCUUUGUUAGAAGAAAGCUGCGUCUUUAAAUUA